GCCGAGUUUCCGUGUUGUUGGAGGCUCAGCUUCCGAUGAGGCUGCCGCCAUGGAGAAGGAGAUUACACUUGAGAGUUAAGAGAUAUUCUUUUGUGGUUUGAGGGCUUGAUUCCGGCCGGAACUUUUCGCGAUGCACAGUCCUCAAUCUACGAAUUUGUCAGCUGAUAGUCCAGUGUUAGCCAAUAAACCUGAGGUAAGAGAGGGAGUUAGGAGAACCGCAAGUGGAUCUUCUCAUGUUAACUCUGAUGAAGAAGAUGCAGAGACAGAAGCUGACCAAUCUGAAAUGACUAAUGAUCCCAAUGAUCUAAAACGUUUAGAAGGUAUGAUGAAUUCAAACAGAGAAUCAGCAAAGCGGUCGAGGAGAAGGAAGCAAGAGUACUUGGUAGAUCUUGAGACUCAGCUUGAUUCUUUGAAAGGCGAUAACUCAACACUGUACAAGCAGCUCAUAGACGCAACACAACAGUUCCGUAGCGCUGGAAAAUAACAGAGUUCUCAAAUCAGAUAUUGAAACUCUGAGAGUUAAGGUAUCAUCUAUCACUUGCUCUUUGUUUUCGUAUGGUCUAUAAGUUUGACAUAAGAUGCAUACGGUCGGAUAGUUAGUUUGACAUUAAUCUGUAGCUUUAGAUCAUCCGUAAAGAUUGGUGCUUACAAGUUACAAGUUGUGUUUUUGCCUAAUGAAUAGAGAGACAUAGACUUCCCAUUGACUUCUCUUCAAAGAAAAGUCUGCAAGUUAA